AUGACAGAGCGUUCCAGUGCUUAUGCAGUAUCUCCAGCUGUUGGUCACGAAAUUAACAGCCUUCCUGUUGGUUUGCCCGCGUCUGGUUCGUCCUCUAAAGCCGAGAAACGCUCAGCCGCUAAUGCUUUUGAAGGAGACAGUGUUGAAGAUUUCAAGGACAAGGAAACGACGUUAGACGACGUUUUAGUGCCUUCAUUGGCUAAGAAAAGCAAGUUGCUAGAUGAAGAACUGCCGGAUGUCGAUGAUAAUGAAGAAUUCCCACAGCAAACGGAAGAAGUAGACGAAGAAUUGGCUAUUGAGGGUGAAAAUGACUUGAAUACGGACGAGGAAAGUCUUGUAAUGGCAAGUGUGGACCACACUAUGGAGCAAAAGAACCUUGACAUAGUUAAUGAACAAGAUGUGGACGAAUUGGCACCUUUAGAAGAAGAUAAGGAAGAAAAUGACGACAGUGAAGUGCCAACGUCUCAGAAUAAUGAAAUUGACAUUGUAGACGUUGAUGAAGAAGAAGAAGAAGAAGAGGAGGAGGAGGAGGAGGAGGAGGAGGAGGAGGAGGAAGAGGAGGAAAAGACACAAGGUUACGAGCAAUCUAGUGAACAGGAUGAUGAAGAUGAGGAAGAGGACGCACAGGAAAAUGCACGAGCUAUUGCACGUGCUCAGAAUCAAAGUGAAGCCAGGCAAUUGUUAUUGCAAUUGGAUGACUCGACUAGAAGCAAAUUGUGUCUGACGGCACUGGAAAAGUAUGGAGAGGAGCUGUUCUAUGGACAUGAAGAUGCACGAGAUGCUAUUUUAGUCGAUGCCUGUGCUCAAGACUCGAUUUUGUCGUUGAUGCGCGAUGCUAUUCGAGUGAGGGAUUUGUAUUUAAGAGGAUCAUCAGCAGCUGCACCAUUGGAGUUGGAUGACGAUGACGAUGAUAAUGAUGAUGAUGAUCAAGAGGGAGAAGAUGAGAUUGGAGGCUAUGAAGAUGAAGAAGAGGAUGCUGAUGACGAGGAGGAGAAAUCAACAGGUUCUACUGACGAUCACGAUGAAGAAGUCGUUGUCAUUUCGGAGGCAGAAGAUGGUGAUGGAGGAGACGGCGAAGCUCUGGGUAGCACAACUUCGUCACCAGGUAUUGAGGCUCGUCCCUCUGGAACUACAUACCUCAGUGUGAGUGGUGCAUAUGGCAAAGUGGUAGACGUAGGCUUGGAAAAAAUGCUACAUCCUGCUGGCGAAAUUAGCUGUGACACAGAUAUUAACAAAGAAUGUGGAGGUGACCAAAGCGAAUACGGGGCCAUGGAAGAUGAAGAACUAAGUGAUGUAGGGGCAGCAAGCGACUUGGCAUCAGAGUUGCCAAUUGAUAAUGAGAGGUCCUAA